AUGAAUGAAUAUGAAAAUGAAAUGUUGCGAAGUAAUGCUUCAAGUAAAUACUAUACAGCAAAGACCAGCAAGCUGUGUUUAAGUCCCAGUGAUCCAAAUCCCAGCGGCCCAGAUCCCAGUGGCCCAGAUCCCAGCGACCCAGAUCUCAAUGACCCAGAUCCCAGUGAGUCAAGUCCCGGUGGCUCAAAUCCCAGUGACUUAAACCCCAUUGACCCAAUCCCAGUGACCCAGAUCCCAGUGACCCAGAUCCCAGUGACCCAAAUCCCAGUGACCCAAAUCCCAGUGACCCAGAUCCCAGUGACCCAGAUCCCAGUGACCCAAAUCCCAGUGACCCAAAUCCCAGUGACUUAA